AUUUCAACACUACCAAAUGGUAAUUGCGCUGUUGUGUUUAUUCUGUUUGUUCGUCGUGUCUUACUUUACAGGUUCUCCGGAUCCAUCGGAGCAAUAUGGAAGAUGAGAAGUGCCGCAUGCUGGUAAACCACCUGCUGGAUCAUCCAUCCCUGCUGGAGCUCGACCUCUCACACAAUCUCAUAGGGGAUCGAGGGGCGCGAGCUAUCGGCAAACUCCUCAACUGUAGCUGUCUAGAGACACUGAACAUUUAUGACAACCGGAUCAGUGGACGAGGAGCCCAAGCCUUAGCCCAUGCCCUCUCCAAAAACACCUCCCUAGUGUCACUCAACUUGAGACUGAACCAGCUAGGCGACGAAGGCGGCCAGGCUAUAGCUCAGGCCCUGCUAAAAAAUCAGACUCUGGUAAACCUUCAUUUAGGGGCCAAUGAGAUGACGGAGCCCACAGCCACAGCACUCUCACAGGUCUUAGUACAGAACACGACUCUGAGGAGCCUCAACCUGUCCUGCAACAAACUGGGAACAGAUGGAGGGAAAGUCCUGGAAGAAGAGAUGUCGCACAACAGCAGCCUGCUGGAGUGUGAUAUUCGCCUCACUGAAAUGAGCCUGGAGAGCGAGUACUGCAUCCGUGAGGUACUGUGCACCAAUCGGGACAAAGCCCGGCACAAACACGCACAGGACACAGCAGACACCAAAUAAACCCACUGUUUGAGAUGUAGCUCAUGUGUUAAAUAUCACACUGAGAAAAGGACAUUUUACUAGGAGCACUAUGUAUGUGUACUGAAUGUAUAAAGUAUUGUUACAAAAAAGUUUCAAUAAGUACAAAUUCGAUAAGUUUGACAUGAUCUGCAGUCCUGAAUAAUAAUAAUACAUGUCUAUUAAAUUCUAGCAUGCAGGUACUAGCAAUGAUCUCAUGCACUAUAGCUCGCAAUGAAGAUUUCUGUCAAAAACAGUGGAGACGUGGUGAGUAAGAGUCUCAAAAUGUGAGUAAGGAACAUUUAUCACAAUGGAGUGAGGGACUGAAGUGCAGAAUGGAGACAGACGCUGCGAAUACCAGCCUGUAUUCUGCAUGCCCACAUGAGACCAGCCAAUCUGUUCAUCUUAAAACCAUCUGAA